GGACUGUCCCAUGGAUUCACAUGACGUUUGUGUGUGUGUGUGUGAAUUGGAAUGACGGAGUGUGUGUGUGCGUGUGUGUGUGUGUGUGUGUUUGUGUGUGUGCGUGUAAGCGUAUGCGCGUGUCCCCUUACCCAUAUAAAUUGAGCCAUGUGGACCCAGACGUGGAGUUUUGUAGGACUUUCUAUAGCCUGUCAGACUAUUUGCUCUCUGGUUUUUCUUGCUCCGGUGAAUAAAAGCAGCAGGAAUACAAAGCUGCCUGCAGACUUCUCUGGACUUCUUGCUUGUGGAAACUGAGGAACUUCACAUAAUACUUGGCCUCCCAGAAAAAUGAGUAACAUAAUUGAAGAUGGCUCUUUCAUGUUCACUUCGGAGUCUGUAGGAGAAGGACAUCCAGAUAAGAUUUGUGACCAGAUCAGUGAUGCGGUGCUGGACGCUCACCUGAAGCAGGACCCUGAUGCCAAAGUUGCCUGUGAGACGGUUUGUAAGACGGGCAUGGUCUUGCUCUGUGGUGAGAUCACAUCUCGGGCCAACGUGGAUUAUCAGAAGGUGGUGAGGGACGCAAUCAGACACAUUGGCUAUGACAACUCAGAUAAAGGUUUUGACUAUAAGACAUGUAAUGUGCUGGUGGCCCUGGAGCAGCAGAGUCCAGACAUCGCUCAGGGCGUCCAUGUUGACAGACAUGAAGAGGACAUCGGCGCUGGUGACCAGGGUCUAAUGUUUGGCUAUGCCACAGACGAAACAGAGGAAUGCAUGCCUCUAACCAUCGUCUUGGCACACAAACUCAAUUCAAAAAUGGCUGAACUCAGACGCAACGGCACUGUCCCUUGGCUUCGUCCUGACUCUAAAACUCAGGUGACGGUACAUUAUGAACAGAAGGACGGAGCUGUGAUCCCAAAGAGAGUUCACACCAUCGUGAUCUCUGUCCAGCACGAUGACUUUGUCUCCUUGGAGGAGCAGCAGAGGGUCCUGAAGGAAAAGGUGAUUAAAGCUGUGGUCCCGGCUAAAUACCUGGAUGACAAGACCAUCUACCACCUUCAGCCUAGUGGUCGCUUUGUCAUUGGAGGACCCCAGGGUGAUGCUGGUGUGACUGGCAGGAAGAUUAUUGUGGACACAUAUGGAGGCUGGGGGGCUCAUGGUGGCGGAGCUUUCUCUGGCAAAGACUUCUCAAAGGUCGACCGCUCUGCUGCUUACGCUGCCCGCUGGGUGGCCAAAUCCCUGGUGAAAGCCAAACUGUGCAGGAGAGUUCUGGUUCAGGUGUCCUAUGCUAUUGGAGUGGCCCGGCCUCUGUCCAUCUCCUUGUUCACAUAUAACUCCUCCAAGAAAUCAGAAUCAGAACUGCUCAAGAUUGUCAACAAUAAUUUUGAUCUGAGGCCAGGAGUCAUUGUCAGGGAUCUACAGCUAAAGAGGCCAAUCUACCAGCAGACAGCCUCUUAUGGUCACUUUGGACGGCCAGAAUUUUCAUGGGAGGUUCCCAAAAAGCUUGUCAUCUAAUAACUCCACCUGCCUGUCCUGAACACCCCCCACCCUCCCAUGGAGACUGAACAAGGGGCUUCCUCAUGGGCUGCGACUUCCAUCCCCACCAACUAAUUUAACAUGUUUUAUGGAGAGAUUUCAAGCCAAAGCUAGAGAUAAACAAGAAGACCCGAUAGAGUUGCAUGCAAAUUUCUUCCUCCUGUUCUUUUCCAGAACUCAAAAUGUCCAGUUAUUGGUGCUUGAACAUGUCGGUACUGUAACAAGUCAAAGGCCACACCACAGCAAGAUCAGUACUCUGAAGAUACUUCGACACUAUUGGGAGCAGUGUGUGGAACCUCACAGCUGUAAAUGUUGCUGUAUGAGGUCAGUGUGAUGUACAGGACAGCUUUAGAGGUCUGUUUUCUUCUGGGGUGCCGCUGAUGGCACAACGUAUUCCAUCAGUGACUAUAACCGUACGAGGUAUGAUUACUGCUCAACCAAAGACUUGGCUUUAGAAAAUUCUAUUUUUUUGAUGAUGCCUUUUGUGAGUCUGAGGUUGUAAUUUGUGCUACACGAAGCUGUGUGCACUGUUACAGUCACUAUUAAACAAGAGGACAGGUCAUUAAGUCACAGAGUAGCUCUGAUCUUACAAAAAGGCUUGUUACAGUUCAAUUUAAAACAGCCUCCUGGGCUUUUUAUGUUGUCACACCACUCUUUUUUUCUCCCUACUGUUGUAUGACUAAAGAUGAAGUUGCCUUUGUCACAGAAGAGCUCAACUAAUGAAUGUUGUCAAUUUUGUUUUUCAAUGGCUUCUUUAAAAAUGAUUAAUUUUAGCAAAUUUAAGGAAGUUUUAAACUUGUCUUAAUUGACGAU